AAUGACAUCUUUGAGGGUAUGCAGGAGUUCAACGCAAGAGUUUCCUAUUACGGACUCAAAAACCUACCUUAUAUUGAAGAAGGGACACACGUCCCCUCGUUAGAUUACGCACCUCCCGAAUACAUAUUAUCAGGGAAGUUGGACAUGUCGGGCGAUGUGUACAGCUUUGGUGCUAUACUGCUCCAGAUGUUAACUGGUUUAAAAAUGCGGCACAUAAUUCUAAAAAUACGAAAUGACAGUGAAAGCAUUGCUGAGAUGAUCGAUCCAGAUCUAGAGAAUAGCUAUCCUCUUCAAGAGGGGAUGCGUAUGUGCGAGAUUAUUAAACAAUGCCUUGAGGAAGACCCGAAGAAUCGACCAUCCAUGCAACAGGUGCUGGAUAGUUUGAAUGGGAUAGCUCGGACUUGAGUAAGAGUUGUAAAGGCUAAAAAAAUAUUUCCACUAGCUAUAAGACAAUUAUAAUAUAGUCGAAAUACGCAUAUGCAUAUAUACAUUUGUAUUAAACAAGUGCGAAUGGAGUUAGUAUAUGUCAAUAAGUAACUUUAUUUGUUUUCAAAUCAGAUGAAAGGGUGUUUCAAAA